AGGCGGACGGCGCGUGCUCUGGGGCCGAGGAGCCCUGCCAGGAUUCCAAGUGCUGCCUGGACGGCGGGGCCUCCGGGUACCAGUGCUUCGCCAAGAACGACGGCUGGGCGCAGUGCCUCGAGAGCUGCCAGAAGGGGCCCCAUGAGGACGAGACGGACGGCGAGUACGACCAGUACGGCAGCUUCAGGAAGUUCGAGUGGAGCUGCGAGAAGCUCGGCAAGCGCUCUCUGAAGGGGUGCGAUGCGAUCACCAACCAGACGGAGUGCGCGGACGAGAGCUCGCGCUGCACCUGGGGCUCCAAGGGCGGCAAGGACGCCUGCCUGGUGCUGUGCGCGACGCUGCCGGCUGGUGACUCGUGCUCGUCGCAGGA